CAACAACGACAACAAGAAGCAACAAGGAAACGACGACCACCACCAUCGCCAGUCGAAACACCUGAAAGCUGAACAACAACUUGAAGAAGAAGAAGAAGAUCCUCCAUUUGUGCAUUUCUAUAUGUAUCUAUAUAUCUAUAUAUACACAUGUAUAUACAUAAAUAUACCUGGAAUCUGAUUCGCUCUCUAUGGAAACGAUUCCCUCCGCUGUUGCCGUGGAACUCGAUUAGGGGGAGCUCUACUGUUUAAAUUACAUUGGACCUGAUUACUGAGAAGCUGAAAAGUUUGUAUCUUUGGAAAUUAGGGUUUUCGCUUAAAGGUUUUGGGGAUUCCUGGGGUUUUUGUAGCGGAGGAAUUGUGCUUCUGAUUGUUUGUUUGGUUGGAGCUGCUGUGGUGUUUUGAUUGCGAGAAAAUUAGGGCUUUUUUGGCCCCUUAAUCUCAUCGGUUAGUGUAGGGUUUAGGAUGAUAGAUCGAGAAUGGUGCGGCUUCUGGGACUGACUCGCGGAGAGACUUACGAGUCGCCUCGGGAGAUCACCUCCUCGCGGGCCAAUUCAUCUAGCGAUUCCGGUGACAAUGGUUGGCUCAUUCGGUUUUUCGAUUCGGCAUUCUUCUGCGAGUGGAUCGCUGUUAGCUAUCUUUACAAGCACGAGCACUCGGGGGUACGAGAUUACCUCUGCAAUCGAAUGUACACUCUUCCCUUGUCGGGGAUUGAGAGCUAUUUGUUUCAGAUAUGUUACAUGAUGGUUCACAAGCCGAGCCCAUCUUUGGAUAAAUUUGUGAUUGACAUUUGCUCAAAAUCGCUUAAGAUAGCUUUGAAGGUGCAUUGGUUCUUGUUGGCGGAGUUGGAGGACUCCGAUGACAAUGAAGGGAUUAGUAGGAUUCAAGAGAAGUGUCAGAUUGCAGCCACUUUGAUGGGUGAGUGGCCGCCGUUGAUACGGCCCCAAAGUGAGUCAUCUAGCCCUGGAAGCAAGAGCCAGGUUUUGAAUAGGAUAUUGUCUUCAAAGCAGAGGUUGUUGUCGCUGACAACGUCACCACCUGCUCAGAAGUCUCUAUCCUUCUCGCCUUCUAGUGGGGGUGUUGCACAAGAGGAGGGUGGUCCAAUGUCGCCAGAUGAGAACAAGAUAUUUAAGAGAUUUAUUCCGAGUCCAAAGGUUCGAGAUGCAUUGCUCUUUCGAAAGUCUGGGGAGAAAGAUGAUGAGGACUCUGAGAAGGAUGGAUUCUUCAAAAGGCUUUUGAGAGAUAGUAAAGGUGAGGAUGAGGGGGGUUCAAAGAUUCGGGAGCUCUUUAGGAAGUCGUCCGAGAAGGAAGAGGAUGACUCUGAAAAGGAUGGAUUCUUUAGGAGACUUUUGAGGGAUAGUAGGGGUGAUGAUGAGGAGUUAACGACAAGUUCUGAAGGUUUCUUUAAGAGGUUGUUUCGUGAUAGCAAGAGUGAUACUGAGGACAAAUCAACGUCUAAAUCAGUGGAAGAGGAGGAAAAAGAAGGGUUCUUCAAGAAGCUUUUCAAAGAUAAAUUUGAUGACAAAAAGCAUGUGACUGGUAGGUACGAAGAUGAAGAAGUGGUUCACUUAGAAGAAAAAAGCUCAAAAUCUACUGAGGAUGAAGAAAAGGAAGGCUUCUUCCGCAAAUUCUUUAGGGAUAAGUUUGAGGACAGGAGAGAUGGUAAUGAUAAGGCCGAUGAAGGAAGUGCCAAUGGGGAGGAGGAAGAUCCUUCUGACUUUUCAUUGUUUCGGAAACUGUUUAGAGUGCAUCCAGAGGAAGCUAAAAACAAUGCGGCAAAUGAAAACAAUAGUGGGGGCCUGUUUGAGAGUAGUCCAGGAACUGAGAAUUUUUUCCGCAAAUUGUUUCGAGAUCGUGACCGGUCUGUUGAAGAUUCUGAGCUAUUUGGUUUAAAGCAUAAAGAGAAGCGUCCUGGUUCGCCUAGGCAACGGGAUGAGAAGUCAUAUGUGAAACCGCCGCUUCCAAGUAAUACUGCAUCCCAGUUCCGCAAAGGAGCUUACCAUGAGUCGUUGGACUUUGUGCUGUCAUUAUGUGAGACAUCAUAUGGCUUGGUGGAUAUAUUUCCAAUUGAAGAUCGCAAGAGUGCUCUUCGUGAGUCGCUUGCAGAGAUCAAUCAACAUCUAUCUGAGGCCCAAAAAAGUGGAGGAAUUGGCUUUCCAAUGGGAAAGGGAAUGUACCGUGUGGUUCAUAUACCUGAGGAUGAAGCUGUGCUUUUGAAUUCUAGGGAGAAAGCACCUUACCUAAUCUGUGUGGAGGUCUUGAAAAGCGAAACACCUAGCAACCCAAGGGACUCAUCCAGUCCUCAAAAGCUUUCGAGAGGAGGAAUUCCCUUAGCAAAUGGAGAUGCACUACUUCCAAAGCCACCUCCUUGGGCAUAUCCACUAUGGACUGUUCAAGAGGUGUACCGCAAUAGUAAUGAUAGAAUGUCGAGUUCUACUGCUUUGGCAAUUGAUCAGGCUAUGACUCAUAUGUCUGAGGCAAGAGUCAAAUUUGUAAAUGUGAAACUUUCUGUGGAAAAGCAAUAUCACAGCCAUUCAGAGGAUAUUGAAAUAUCUGAUUCACAGUCAGCUAUUGAUUCCACCGGUACUAAGUCCUUUCAUAGUGUAUCUAAGAGCUGUCAAAGUGGUGAGAAUAGAGCACAUCCGUCAAAACCAGCACAUGGUUGUGACUUGAAGUGGGUAAGGGUAGUGCUGACAGCAGACCCCGGUGUUAGAAUGGAAGACAUUGAGGAUCAAGGUCCGCGACGUCGGAGGGAACACCGUCGUGUUCCAAGUACUGUGGCUAUCGAGGAAGUAAAGGCCGCAGCAGCAAAAGGAGAAGCACCUCCUGGACUCCCAUUGAAGGGGGCUGGUCAGGAUUCAUCAGAUGCACAGCCUAGGGUAAAUGGUGCUACUCCCAAGGCUAGUGAUGCCUUGUCUGGUGAACUUUGGGAAGUGAAAAAAGAAAGAAUACGCAAAGCUUCAGUCUAUGGAAAAUUACCUGGUUGGGACUUGCGUUCUGUAAUCGUGAAGAGUGGUGAUGAUUGUAGGCAGGAACACCUUGCCGUGCAACUUAUCUCACACUUUUAUGAUAUAUUCCAAGAAGCUGGUCUCCCCCUGUGGUUGCGUCCUUAUGAAGUUUUGGUUACUUCUUCCUACACGGCUCUAAUUGAAACAAUUCCAGAUACAGCGUCCCUUCAUUCUAUCAAAAGUAGAUAUCCUAACAUCUCAAGCCUACGUGAUUUCUUCGUCGCCAAGUACCAAGAAAAUUCUCCAAGUUUUAAGCUUGCCCAGAGAAAUUUUGUUGAGAGUAUGGCUGGAUAUUCCCUCGUGUGUUACCUUCUACAGGUGAAGGAUCGGCACAAUGGAAACCUCUUAAUGGAUGAAGAAGGUCAUAUUAUCCAUAUUGAUUUUGGGUUUAUGCUUUCUAACUCACCCGGUGGAGUUAAUUUUGAAAGUGCACCGUUUAAGUUAACUCGCGAACUUCUUGAGGUGAUGGAUUCUGAUGCUGAGGGAGUUCCGAGUGAGUUCUUUGAUUAUUUUAAGGUUUUAUGCAUUCAAGGCUUCCUCACAUGUCGAAAGCAUGCAGAGCGAAUUAUUCUUCUUGUUGAGAUGUUGCAGGAUUCUGGUUUCCCAUGCUUUAAAGGUGGUCCACGUACAAUACAAAACCUAAGGAAGCGGUUCCAUCUUAGUUUAACAGAAGAGCAAUGUGUGUCCUUGGUGCUUUCCCUGAUUAGCAGCAGCUUGGAUGCAUGGCGGACACGGCAGUAUGAUUAUUACCAAAGGGUUUUGAAUGGAAUAUUGUGAAGUUUGAUAAAAUUUGUGAUCACGCGAUUCUCUUUGGAAAAGAGCUGGCUCAGUGACUAGAUCAACUAGUUUUGUGUACAUGCAAGUUAUUGUGUUGCUAGUGGAGUCGGUUCACUGUGUAUGGCUUUGAGAGACUAAUGGAGGCAAAAAAGGAUUGCUGAUGGUGAUUCGUGGCCUGUUUUUCUCACCGUGAGGAAUUUGUAAUUGUAUCAGGCUAUCGGCGGAAACUCUUUGGAAAGCAACAGGCUAAAUUUACUUCAGCUGGGUUUUUGGUUUAUAUUUUCUCCUUGUUUCAUGUAAUAUGGACUCUUUUGCCUGGUUGGAAAUUUACUUGCAGGAGAUUCCUGACCUCCUACCAUCGUCAGGCAAAAAACAUUGUACAGAGUGAUUCUGAUCUAGAGGACAGACCGAAAAUGCAACGGCUAGGAAGCUAUCUGUUAAAUUGGUUGUGUUGUCCCAAGGAGCCAAGAAUUGGUGGUUUCAUAUCUCUCUCAUUCUGUCGUCGGAAAUUCGAAAUCAGAAGUUGGCAUUUGUUCCUACUGAUCUGUCUUCCAGGAGUCUUGAUUCUUCCAUAACGUACGUCGUCAUAGUGAAAUUCUUUAAAAUUAAUGUAUGAUUGUAUCUCUUGUAUUAUUGAUCCCGAUUUAUAUGCGAAAUUUUGAUUUGAAUAUCGUUGAGUGAGCAGUUUU